AUGGCGCACUGGCAGAAGCUCGACUGCGGAAGUGAGUGGAGUCUACUAUCGGCGUCAUUCCCUGACUCGGCCCUUUCAUUCGUGAAGAGCCUUGUCAGCAUGUUCGGACCCCUGUACAUCGUCAUCAGGGAAAUCGGCGAGUGGUUCAAUUCCCCAGAUGAUGACAUGAAAUCGCGGGACUGUUUCAUUAAGUUUUGCCGCAACGUAUUGCUUCCGUGGCUUCACGUACAAGGCCUAUAUUUCGUGGUGGAGGGAUCUGCUUCGUUCCUGCGAUAUGUCUACAGCCCCUCGAGUGAGGUGGACGAGAAGUUGUUGCCAUCGGGUCACUUCUGGAUCUGCGUCUUCUUCAGUCUGAACAGAUCACAGUGA